CGAAACGCCAUGCACGUGCGCGCGCGUCCGUUUUGACAACAAUUGAUGUUUUGAGUUUUGAUCGUCGUCGUCUUUGAUCCACGUACGCUGUCGCGAUUAAUUGUCGGCCGCUUGAAGCGAAAUUAUUGUAGUAAUUUGUCAACUAACAAAAUUGAAAUAAAUUCAAUAAAAUCGCACUCGGUCGGGGCGCGCGCGCGCGCAAUUGUGUCGUCGUCGCCGUCGCACUCGCGAGGUUUCUGUACACAAUAUUCUGACAUCCGCACAUCGCACACACUUAAUAAAUAAUAAUAAUUUAUUAGUAUUAUUAUAUUGUUCGCUGUUCGAGAAACCUUAGAGAGUGCUGUAGUUGUUUGAACGAACGUUGGAAUGGUUUUUUUUAUUCCGUCGUAGAUUAUUCGAGAAAAUGGACGAAAAUGUCCCAUGUGUAAAAUUAUUGUUUUGGACGUUAAAGUAACACUAUCUACCCCGAUUCAAGCAAGCGGUGUGGUGGUAUGCCAUUGUUUUUUGCGAGUAUCUGCGGUGGUGCUUACGAUUGUAUUAUUAUAUUAUGGUAACGAGAACUAGAUGAUCUUAAAUGGGUGUUACGGUUAAGAGCCUGUGGCGUGGUGAUUAUGGUAGUGAACAAAUCUGCGGGCGGUCGUACGCUCUCGCUGAGCACAACUGCCAACGGCACUGCUGCAGCGGUGGCGGGUAACUUGCAGUCCGGUGUACCAUUUCUGCCCAAAAGCCCAAGCUUCCAUAGUGGUUUGGAUCUGCUUGCUGGCCGUGAAAAAUCUCCAAUCAUUAUGUUUUGCGAUCCAACAAUGCAUUUGCCCAGACUUCACGAAGCCAAUGCAUCUGAAAGAGAACAGUUACUUAUUCAGAAAAUGCAGCAGUGCUGUGUGUUAUUUGACUUUAUUUCGGAUCCACAGUCUGAUCUAAAAUGGAAAGAAAUCAAGCGAGAAACAUUACAUGAAAUGGUAGAUUAUUUGUCAUCUAAUCAUGGUAGUGUGCUUACUGAAGCUAUAUACCCUGAAGCUGUUAGAAUGUUUGGAGUAAAUCUAUUUCGUAGUCUACCUCCAUCAAGCAAUCCUAAUGGUGCAGAGUUUGAUCCAGAGGAAGACGAACCUCUAUUAGAAGCAGCCUGGCCUCAUUUGCAACUGGUAUAUGAGUUCUUUCUUAGGUUUUUAGAGUCUCAAGACUUUCAGCCCCAUAUAGCAAAAAACUAUAUUGAUCAGAAAUUUGUUCUUCAAUUGUUAGAGCUAUUUGAUUCAGAAGAUCCACGAGAGAGAGACUUUUUGAAAACUAUACUGCAUCGCAUUUAUGGUAAAUUUCUAAGUUUGCGAGCAUAUAUACGGAAACAGAUAAACAACAUAUUUUAUAGUUUUAUUUAUGAAACAGAACAUCAUAAUGGCAUUGCUGAGCUUUUAGAAAUUUUAGGAAGUAUUGUCAAUGGUUUUGCAUUGCCUUUGAAAGAGGAGCACAAGGUAUUCUUGCUAAAAGUUUUAUUGCCAUUACACAAAGUGAAAUCUUUAUCUGUGUAUCAUCCACAAUUGGCUUAUUGUAUUGUACAGUUCCUUGAAAAAGAUCCAUCUCUUACAGAACCAGUUAUCAAAAGUUUGUUGAAAUUUUGGCCUAAGACACAUUCCCCAAAAGAAGUCAUGUUUCUUAAUGAAUUAGAAGAGAUUUUGGAUAUAAUUGAACCAUUGGAAUUUCGAAAAGUACUAAAACCAUUAAUACAUCAAUUAGCUAGAUGUGUCUCAAGUCAACAUUUUCAAGUUGCAGAAAGAGCACUUUACUUUUGGAACAAUGAGUACAUAAUGUCACUGAUGUCUGAGAAUGUUGAUGAGAUUUUGCCAAUCAUGUUUCCAGUGUUAUACAAAAAUUCUAAAACUCAUUGGAAUAAAAAUAUACAUGGUUUAAUGUAUAAUGCAUUAAAAAUAUUUACUGAAACUAAUCCUGUACUAUUUCACACAUGUACCCAACAAUUCAAAGAAGAUAGAAAGACUGAAGUGGAUAAAUUAAAAAAACGAGACGAAAAGUGGCAUCGAGUUGAAGAGUUGGCUAAAAGAAAUCCUAAUUUUACAGUAUCCAUUGAUAGUAGUUUAUCAUUUUAUACUGAUUUUGCGAGGUCGCCAAUCAAUGAUUUAGACCCGACUAUUGAUUUGAAAAAUUUAGAAGAGGAUACAAAGUAUCAUAUUGAUACUGAUAACCGUAAAAAUCGAAAAGAAAAACCUUUAUUGAGACGUAAAUCUGAACUACCACAUGACACAUAUACUUUGAGGGCAUUAAAUGAUCAUAAGAGAGCUGAUGAAUAUCUAGCUACACCACCUGAUGUUAAUAAAUGCUAGCCAAUCUUUUCAAUUGUGAUGACCCUUAUUAUUUAUACUCAGAGUCUAAACAACUAAGGAUUAUUCAAAAAAAAAAAAAAAGUUAUAAUGGUUAUUCAUCUCAUUAGGGGUCAUUUAAAUGUUGAGUGUAUCUUUGUUAGGAUUAACAUGUUAUAAGUAGUUCAACCACCAAAUUUUUCAAAAUGUGAAUGAAGAAAGUCAUGUGAAGUGAUUGCACUCUUAUCUACUUCGGUUGUGUUAUUUAUUUUUAAAAUAAACAUAAAUGUGUCAUUUAUUUUUUUAUUUAUUUUACUACAGUAUAUUAGUUUUAAUUUUUGUUUCUAUGAAAGUAUGCAUUUUUAAAUGUUACAUGACAGAAGACACAAAAAUUAAGAGAGAUUGCAUUCAAGAAUAAGUUCAGGGAUUUUUUAUUAAUUCUCUUGUUGGUUUAUUAUUAUUAUUAUUAUUAUGAUUAUUAUUACUAUUAUUAUUUUAUUUUUCCUUUUUAACUUAUAUUUUUUUUUUCAUACAGAUGUAAUAAAACAUAUUUUGUACAUAAAAAAAAACAUGGCUACAUUUUAUUACUAUAUUCAUUUUUAGCAUACAUGAUAUAUUUGAAUUAGUGUAAUAACAUACCAAAAAUAAAAAUUUCUAUUUAAUUGAAAAGUAUAUUUUUGUUUGGAGCAGAAUAAAAAGUAGAUAUAUGUAUAUAUAUAUAUGAUACAUACAUACAUACAUACAUACAUACAUACAUGCAUACAUAAAAUAACAUAUUAUAUUUGAUUUUUAAACAUAUAUUUUUACUCAAUAUAAUGUACUUGUGUAAUACACUUAUUAUUAAUUAAUGUAUCUGCUUGAGAAAUAAGUUUUUUUUUGUUCUUGUAUCAAAAAAUGUUGAUCAUAUUUAAUGUGUACUCAUUUUAAGGGUAGACCCGUUAACAGGGAUGAAUUAUUGUUUUUAACCACUUGAAAUGUUAUUAUAUUUAUGUUGUACAUUUUAAUAAAAUAUUUAUGUAAAACAAAACUAUAAUUAUCAAGUAAUUUAAAGCAUAAUAUUAUAUAAAUAUUAAAAUUAUCGUUUAUUGUAGGCGGAUAGGCCUUAUAUUAUAUUAUAAUAAUAUAUUUUUUUUUAACAUAAAUUGUCCAAUGUCUAUACAAAUCAAAUUUACAAAAUAUUAUGUAUAGUGUUGAUAAUAAGCUUAUACUUAAUACAAAAAAUAAAUUUAUGUAUACAUAAUAUAAAAAGUAUACAUGUGUUUAUUCAUAUAUAAUAUAUUAUAUAAUGUAAAAUAUGUGUUAAAUAAUUAUUGAAUUUUGUUUUAUUUCAAUUUUAUUACACAAUGAGGAUUUCAAAAAAAUAUAUGUUAUAGUUUCA